UGCCAACAUCGACAGAUGAAGAGAAAGUCGCUUUCUAUGGCUAUGUUAGCGGCGAUGAACUAGGCUCAGGGCGCCAACAUAUCAUUGACUUCGACGUCAUUCAAAUAAACCUUGGAAAUGGCUUCCAUACCCUUAGUGGAAUGUUUAUCGCCCCACAUCCGGGUCUUUACGUCUUUACCUGGGUAAUUCAGAGCACGUGGAAUGGGAUAGCGUACACGCAGCUGAUGAGGAAUUCCGAGGUUGCGGGGGAGAUCGUGGCCGAUAGUUCACACACUACGGAAUUUCACAGCGCAACCGGGGUCGUUGUGUUACAGUUAAAUCAGGGUGACGAGGUGUACGUCAGACGAAAUCCCAACCAGCCGACUUCUGGUCAUAUUAUAAGUCGACCUGGGUAUAGGUCGUCUUUUAGUGGUUGGAAAAUUUAAACGACCUAUUAAAUUAAUGGUGAUAAAAAGUUGUCAAUUCCGAACAA